AUGCUGCUGCAUAUGCGGCGUCGACCGCACCAAGUUCCUCGCACGAAUAGCUUCUUUUCGACGUCAAGCACUAGCAAUCCGAGUGUUGCCAACGCCGGAGCGUCAGCAUUGUCAGUCAAGUACAACGACGUUCGCAAACUCAUUGUGGGAUUGGGCAAUCCCGGCGACAAAUUCGUCAACACGAGACACAAUAUCGGGUCGGUCGUUGUGAAGCACUUUCUCGAAACGUAUGCGUCACAAGUGACGGCAAAGCCCUUGCAAUUGCAACGUGAAGCACGACACCACGGCGACGUCGCUCGAUUUCGUGUUGCGUUUCCGAGGGAAGGGUCAAGUGAGACGCCCUGCGACUACCACCCUCUCGACGAUCUAGUGAACCGCUCGUCCAGACGUGCCAAGGAACGGACGCUGAAAGAAGGUGUGCCUCACGACAAGGUGAACGUUGCCGUGCUGCUGCCAGCGACGUACAUGAAUUGCUCGGGCACUGCUGUCCGAGCGUUUAUGCAGACGCAUCACUGGCGACUGAAGAAGAACCCACUGGCACUGAACCGGCACGAUGAUGAGCUGCUCGUAAUCACGGACGACGUGGCGCUGCCCUUUGGCGAAUGUCGAUUCAAGGCAAGAGGAGGUCCCGGGGGACAGAACGGCGUGCGAGACAUCAUCAAGUGCGUGGGCACCGACCGCUUUGCUCGACUGCGCAUUGGCGUAGGGGCUCCGUACUGGUUCGUAGGAGGCAACAGUGGAGCGCCCGCAGGCACUGCAAUGGACAAGUUUGUGCUCGGACGUUUCAAUGGAGACGAGCAGGAAGCGAUGCCGGACUUACUACGCUAUACGAACGAGCUCUUGCGGCUGUAUCUACAUCGAGGUGUUGCUCAGAGUACUACAGUUGCCAACAGUAUGGACUUGCAGCAAUACUUGAAGCACUAUGACGCGUCUCACGUAGCGCGUCAUUCCUACUAG